UAUUGAAAGCCUUUCGCCUACAGUUCCCAGAAUGCCCUGCGGGUGGCGCCAAAACACGUCUGUGCUAGUUCAUUCGGCUGGAUUAAACACUACGGUACACACAUGAGACAGAGCAUCAUCAUUCUCCUCCUCACGGUGACCACGGCGGAGUGAGACGGACGAGCAAAGUUGAAUUCGAGGAACAACGACAAGACACGACGCUGAAGAUAAGUUUUGAACUGCCUUUUGGUCUUUUUUCGAAUUCUCGCUCCUGGUUGAUUAUUAACCGCUACCGGCGCGUCGUGUCUGGCGCUACAUGUCUUUUUUUUUUAGUAGGUGACCACAAUUUUUGGGCGCCGUCCGUCGCCGAAUAAAAAUCAUAAAGCCGAUAGACUCAGCGUAUGUAAAGGCACCUCGUCACGGUGUCCCGUGUUAAAUUUAGCCGAUAGUUAACUUCCCAAGCGGAGGUUUGUCCCGAAAUCGUUGUACUUCCUCACGAAACUCGGACGACGCUAGUUCUCACUGUCCAAAAAGUGACCGACGUCCUGAAGCGAUGAUGCGAGUUGUGCUCCCUUGAGAUGUCUAAAGUGGGUGGGUGGUAAUGAGAAUUUUUACACAUAGGCAUCAACUAGUUUCAGAUAAAUGAACAUUUCUCCAGGAUGCUUUCAGAUGGCCCUAAGGACUUGGUGGUGAUCAGACAUGGCUCCAGAAUUUUCCCCUUCCCAGGGCUAAAAGGGGGCAUGAUUGACUCGUACAGGGUAGCUGAGAAAAUACAAUUUAGAAGAUUACAUAAAUUGCUGGAGGACCUUAACUGGAGUUACUAGCCUUGAUGUAAUGGUAGAGGUGGUGGGCUAGGUGCACCUUGCAGCCAGGAUGACCCAGGGCCCCAACCUGGUGCUGGACUGGCUCUCACGGCUCCACCUCGCCCAGUACAUGGAGGCCUUCCUGGACAACGGCUACGACGACCUGGAGGUCUGCAAGCAGAUCGGCGGACCUGACCUGGAUGCCAUCGGGGUCCACGUGGAGUACCACCGCCAGAGGCUGCUGGCCGCCGUCCGGCAGCUGAGGAACUCCGAUGGCAGGAAGGCACCGGGGUUCUACUUCACACUGGAACCCCAACAGGAGAUAGAGAACCAGGGCAGGAAGGAGAACCAUGUUAGAGGGACACACCGCCCAUCCUGUCCAGGAAAUCAUGACCCAAGAUUGACGGACUGUAACGACUUUGUCACCUAUCCCAAACUCAAGCUCAAGGUCCUCAUUCGGGAUAAACUGGCCAAGGAUGGGAUUGACCUCGGAGAAGCACCGUACAGCCAUAAGGAUGGCUCAGCGGGGACCCUUGAUGAUCUGGCCCAGGAGUAUUCUCGCUAUUACGGCACGUGCCUCAACGACGUGUGCGAAAGGAUGGAAGAGCUGCGCCGACGCCGACUAGUGCAAGAGGCGGAUGCGAUGGGAAAGCUUGACUCGGCGGCCGCUUCGCGAGAGCUGCGCUCUCAGAUUCAGGAAUCUCUCGGGCUCUGCAACAGCAGCACGUCCACGCCGGAGACAGACAGGAAGUUUCCCGUGCACAAGUCCGGCUCUUCGGACGAAGGAUCCAGCGGAGGGAAAUGGGACGGCAGGAGAAAGAGCAAAUCUAUUUGGAAUACAUUUAAAAAGACACCCAGAGGAGCUGCCACGCGACACCUUGGAAAAGGCGAUUUGGUGGGCUUCGUGGCCAGCGAGAUCACAAUGAGCGAUGAAGAGCGCAUCCAGCUGAUGACGAUGGUCAAGGAGAACAUGAUCUCAAUUGAGGAAGCCCUGGCUCGGUUGAAGGAGUUUGAGACGCAAAAGAACCAGAAAUGCAGGUUGGAACUGUCGGAGGUUUGUCAUUCUGCCAACGAGUCUUUAAGUGACAGUCAGCUGCACGAGCUUUCCGACACGGAGCAAGAAGAAGGGCUGACGUUCAGGAGGCUUCACAAGCUGGUGAGCUCCACACGCAAGGUGAAGAAUAAACUCAUCAGGAUCGACCAGACCCGAAGGACCGGCGUAGAAGAGUCCUGUCAGCCAAACAUUUGUCCCGUGGACUCGCUGACGUCCGCCUUGCAGGAGCAGCUUGGCUACCACGAGGACAACGUCACCGCGUCACGCUCCUCUGGCAGCUUGGACACGACAGGGACCUCCGUGCACAGCCAUCCCGGCGGCGGCUCCUCACGCGGGAACGUCUCAGAGGAGGAAGAGGCGAGCAACGCCGCCGCCGCUGUGGACAAACACCACCAGCAGGGCGAAGAGGUCAAGAUGGCUCGAUCGGCGACAGACGGAGUGCUACGACAUGGCCUCCUCAGCCACCACGGGAGAGCCUGCAGUUUUGGAGGAUAUGACCUCAGCAACCGCUCAGUGCAUGCCGCUCAACACACCAAUGAAGACCAAGACGGUGCAAGGUCCCCUCAGAUAUCCCGCAUCUCCCUGGGCAAGAAAGUCAAGUCUGUAAGGGAGACCAUGAGGAAGCACAUCAGCAAGAGAUAUCAAGCAUCGCUGUCAGAUCAGUCGAGUCCAGACCGUGUUUCCAGCUGCCCUCAGUCUCCUCAGUUGAACUCUUCUCUGGAGAAAGCCACGCUGAAGCCUGGAGGUUCCGUGGAAAGCCUCAGGAGUUCUCUCAGCGGACAGAGUUCCAUGAGCGGUCAGACGGUGGGCACCACCGACUCGUCCAACAGCAACAGAGAGAGCGUCAAGUCCGAGGACGGCGAGGAAGACGAGCUGCCUUACUGCGGCCCCUUCUGCGGACGCGCCUUGGUGCACACCGACUUCACACCCAGCCCUUACGACACCGACUCCCUCAAACUUAAGAGCGGCGACGUGAUCGACAUGAUCAGCAAGCCCCCGAUGGGCACGUGGAUGGGCAUGCUGAGGGGCAAAGUGGGCACCUUCAAAUUCAUCUACGUCGACGUGCUCAAUCCAGAGCUGGCUAAGCCCAAGAAGAGCGAGCGCAGGCGCAGGAAGGCCCGGCAGCCCAAACCGCAGUCUGUGGAUGAGCUGCUGGAGCGGAUCAACCUCAAAGAGCACCUCCCUACCUUCCUGUUCAACGGCUACGACGACCUGGACACCUUCCGGCUGCUGGAGGAGGAGGACCUGGACGAGCUCCACAUCACAGACCCCCAGCACAGAGCCGUGCUGCUCACUGCCGUUCAGCUCCUGCACGACUACGACGGCAAUAGCGACCCGGAGUCAAGCAGCUUCCCCGAGGAGAACUCUUCCGUGACGGACACCUGUGUCCUGACAGGAGACUCCUCCCCUAGAGACUCGGGCUGCUACGAGAGCAGCGAACCCUUGGACAACCCCAGCUAACCACCGCGGCGUGACGCCACUAAGAACUGUCCCUCAUCAUCCUCCUUUGUGUGGUACACUUUUCUUCUUCAUGCUUUCUCGUGUUGAGUGGGUCUGCCCGCACGUAUGAACUGCAGUGACUUGGAGGAGUGAGAUCAAUGAAAAAAAGAAAAAAGAAAGUUGUUCUUUGUGUAAAUACUUUUCUUACUCUAGGGUAGCUUUGCACAAGCUUUGUUGUUGUUCACGUGCCGGAAAAUGAAAAGUGAUGACUUGAUCUUGUGAGAGAAAUUAAAAAAACGAAGUAUU